CUUACACUCACCUCACUUUACCACAAACACACAGAAAGCGACAAAAGAAUGCAUGACGACAACUUCAAGAAGAUCCUCGCCAAGGGCGAGGCCAGGGCGAGGCCAGUGCCAAGAGGCGAGAAAAGCAGAAGCAUUCGAGGAGUGGCGAGGAGGCGCCGAGGCAGAAGAAGCCGACGGCCGAAGCAAAAGCCCCGCACCGGACGGCAUACGCCACCACCGCCGCUGCUGCCACUGCAGCAUCCCGUCGCGUUAUCGACGGGGUACUGUAUGUGGUCAAGUCGCGCGCCGUUAUCUGGCUUAUGGUAUGCCUCGGGGUCUUGGUCGCCGUCAUGGUCUUGCUUGGCGUGUUUGCGGCCCUACUCGGCUAGUGGCUAGAUGGGCUGCAGCAGAUGUGGCCGGUAAAGUAUGCCGUGACUACAAUCAUGUGCAUCGUGGGAUGGUUCGGAGUUCAAGGCGUAGCAACGUCACCCUCCGCAAGUCCCGCCAGCUCCGCAAGUCCCGCCAGCCUCGCAAGCACCAUGCCCACCAAGGAACCGACGCCCACGGUACGGGGAAUCUUCCCACAUGGCUACGACAUUGACGUGGGCGCAGGCUUCCUCUCUCAUAUCCCU